AUGACAGCCGUGCGUGCCCCAAACCACCCUGCCACAUUCAAUGGUCAUUUCCAACCAAUUUCUGAAUCGAUUGCCGAUUCAGUGCGAGCCAAUCAGUACGGAUACGUCAAGACCCCUAGCUUUAUUCAAUGCGCCGGGAGCAAUGUCGAAAAAAACGAGGACUUUGAAAUAGAGCUCGUGACGAACACAGCAUUAACUAACACUCUUAAUCCUGAGUCCAUAUAUGCGAUGAGUGGCAAAAUGAUUGCUCUGAAUGAUGGUUCCACCCCAAUGUUUUCUUACUUUCAAGAUACAGUCACUCGUAUUGCGACUGCCGGCCCCGAGCAACCUGACUUUACCAAUAAGACGGGUGUUACCAGCCUCGGAAUGGUAACUUCUUGUCGUGAGGUUGCAAAUGGCGCUUCCGACUCAGGCAGCGAGUUAGAGGUCAUUGUCGCACAUUGUGACUGGGAUGGAGAAGAGCGUGUCCACAGGCGAUUCAAUGUCAAGUACAUUGUCCCUGGUACAAAAAACCUCGUCAAAACUCAUACAUUAUAUCAAGCUGGUCGCAAAGUCAACAUCAUUGGCCGCUUAGUUGAUUUCGAUGUCAAAGACCACAUGGCAGUAGUCCUUGUCUCAUCUGUGUCAAUCACCUCUGGCCACCAACUUGGCCGAACCAUCACAGUUAAUCAAGGCCCCUCUACAUCCAGUCCGAUUGCUGGUAGGAAAUUUACAAGCUUCUCAAGCAAGAAAAAGGAUUCGCCACGCACUUCCCCUGCCGUUGACCGAUUGAAAUCAACAUUGCCUAACACAAAGGCCCCGAUCGGAGAACAUGAUACCAACAAAGCCAUCAAACCCGCUCAACUUCGCACCGUUGAUAAAGGCAAGGCAAAGGCUUGCGAUAAUUCUGACAGUGAUCAAACAGACGCAACAGAGGAUGAUUCGGGGUCUGAAAGUGCCGCUGAGGUCGCAGCUACCCCAAGCCCCCAAGCUAAACGUGGCCGACCUCGCAAGAGUAUCAUCCAAGAAGCUGCCAAACGUAUGAAAAAGCACUGA